GUUGGAAAUAUAUCGAUCGUGCUGAUAAGAAACAGCUGGUGGGCAAGUCGAAAAUACGUAACAUUUUAAUCUAGCAAUAUGCCAAUUCCACGAAUUCUCCUCCCAGCAUACCGAUCUCUGGCUUCCUUCACUGCCAAGCGCACGGCGGUUACAAGUCAAUCGAACCAGGUGCGGAUUGUGGAGGUGGGUCCACGGGAUGGACUUCAAAAUGAAGCAAAGAUCCUGCCAGCAGCAACGAAAAUUGAGCUGAUCGAUCGGCUAUCCGAAACCGGCCUGACCACCAUUGAAGCAACAAGUUUCGUGAGCUCAAAGUGGGUUCCCCAAAUGGGAGACAAUUCAGAGGUAUUUCGAGGCAUUCGCAAAGUGCCAGGGAUCAACUACCCGGUGCUCACACCGAAUCUCAAAGGGUUCGAGAGUGCGCUGGCAGCCGGUGCCGAGGAGGUGGCCGUCUUUGGAGCCGCUUCUGAUGCAUUUUCCUUGAAAAAUGUCAAUUGCACAGCCGCCGAGGCAAUCGAGCGCUUCAAGCCAGUUCUGAAAGCAUCCCAAAAGCAUGGAGUUCGUGUUCGUGGCUAUGUAUCUACAAUAGUAGGUUGCCCAUACGAGGGAGCCGUUGCGCCGAGUGCUGUGGUGAGAGUAGUCGAGGCUCUUUAUGAGAUGGGCUGCUAUGAGAUUUCUCUGGGCGACACCAUUGGCGUGGGAACGCCCGGCAGCAUGCGUCGAAUGCUGGACGAGGUAGCCCGAGCUGUGCCCGCUGAGAAUCUGGCUGUUCAUUGCCACGAUACUUAUGGCCAGGCUCUGUCCAAUAUCUUGGUGUCACUGGAAUACGGCAUACGCGUGGUGGACUCUUCUGUUUCUGGCCUUGGUGGUUGUCCCUAUGCCCGGGGAGCAUCUGGCAAUGCAGCCACCGAGGAUGUGGUCUACAUGUUGCACGGAAUGGGACUUAAUACAGGCGUUAAUCUCGACAAACUCAUACAAGUUGGCCGCUACAUCUGCACGGAGUUGGGCCGCCCCUCCGAGUCAAAGGUUAAUCGCGCCUGGAAGGGUCCUGCAGUGAAGCAGUAAAUAGAUCUGGAUCUCCAGAAACGGCAAACGAUGGCAUUUACUAGAAAUAGUUACACAAUACAUUUAUUUUUGAUGCAACA